AUGUCCUUUAACAAAUCAUCAAUCAAAACUGUUGACUGCAAAGGAAAGCGCGUUUUGAUGCGGUAAGCCAUACUUUUGUUUUAUGUCGGUUUAGUCCAAAUAACAUUUUUGAAUUCACCUUAGAUAUAUCGGUCAUAUUUUAGAGUCUUUAUAAGUUUACUUGGGUAAUCUUACAGUUAUUAAGAAAAUGCCAUGUCUUGUUUUCAGUGUUGACUUCAAUGUACCACUGAAGGGGAAAGAGAUCACAAACAACCAAAGGUAUCGUGUAAAAUAUUGCAGACGUGCGUUUAGUCGCGUACCUGUGUAAACAGUACCUCACCCAACUACCCGUCCCCCAGGGCACUGUCCUGUCCCCCAUGCCACCUCAAAUAGUGGGCCAAUAUUGGUUCUAGAUAAUGUGAACGCUCAAAGAAGCCGCGUUUUUAUUUCAUAAAAAAGUAGUUAUUUCUCCAGGUGUAGGGAAAUUAUUUUCCUUUGUUUUUCAAUUGUGUUUUUUGUUUUUGUUUGUUUAUAUGUUUUUAAAAAUUGCUGAAAUCUCAAUUCUCAACAUUUAACUUUUCUGUUAUAGUGAAUGUAAAUGGUAUAUAGUGGACUAUAAAACAAUGUACAAAUGACCAAAUUAAUGGAGUGCAUAUUUUCUCUUCUUGGAAAAUAAUUUCCAACAAGUGUUCCAAUUAGGUUUUUGUUUGUAGACCCCCGGGGUACUGCAGAAAAAAAUUGGGUAGGGGUGUGCGGCCCGCUUCCCAAAACCCUUACCCUAUUUAUGACCAAAAUCUGCGAUUUUCCCUACCCUAUUUAUGACCUAACCAAAAAUUUGAUACCCUAUUUAUGACCUGACCCUUAAAGCAAUACCCUGUUUCAGACCUGCCUUAUAAUUAUUUCCCUAGUUCAGACCAAUGUUAAAGGCAAUGUUUAUCUGCUUUUAUUAGGUUAGGGGGACAUGAUAAGGAAGUAGCUUCUUCUAAAAAAGUGCAUUCAAGACUACAGUGUAAAAAUCGUUACCCUAUUUAUGACUAAAAUGGCGGCAAAAUAGCCAAAAUCGAUACCCAAUUUAUGACCAAAACGGCUGAAAAACCCUACCCUUUGGGGCCGCACAUACCUAUAUAGCCCAUAUUAGGGAGUACCCCCCCCGGGGUAGACCCCUUGUAGGGGUCAGAUAUUUGUAAGGCUGGUUUUACAUUUGUACUAUUGGCAAGUGUACAACUGAGAAUAAAUGAGUGAAAAAAGAUUACAACAAUCAUUCUGCCUAUUUUCUAUUUUUCUAAGGAUUGUAGCUGCCUUGCCGAGUGUCCGUCAUUGUUUGGAUAAUGGUGCUCAAAGUGUGGUGUUGAUGAGCCAUUUAGGAAGACCUGACGGCAAAGUAGUCGAGAAAUAUUCUCUGGCUCCUGUUGCUGAUGAGGUGAAGAAAUUAUUACAAAGGUAAAAACCAAAAAUUUUGACCCAAUUAUUUGUAUGUACGCUUCCUUUAAUUUUUACUUUUUCUGCUGAUGAAUUACAGGGUUCUCAAUAGAAGGCGGCACCCGGCGAUUGAUCGCCGCUUACUUUGGGAUUUAUAGCCGCUUACUUUGUGUUUAGGUCGCUUUUCUUUGCUUUGUUUUGACACCUCUGGCUUUGCUGAAGAGCCUCCUACUUUAUCAGUGAUCAUCUCCUACUUAAAAAUCUAUUGAGAACCCUGGAAUUAUGUAACAUUAGUUUUCUACAUAUACAGGGAUGUGACCUUUCUUCCUGACUGUGUGGGUCCUGAAGUGGAGGAAGCAUGUAAAAACCCAAAGGCUGGUAUGAUACUUUUAACUUAGAAGAGGGUGGAUGCAAUUUUCAGAAACCCUGUGCAGUGAUAGUCAGGUUGAAAAUAGAAUUCUACUUGGUUUCCUUGUGGGUCAGUUAUUUCCAGUUGGUAUAUUGCUUUAUCUAAUGCUGAUAGCUGAAAGAAAUGCAGCCAUGCUAUUAGAAUCCAAAGUUACAACAGCUUCUGGUUGACAGUUUAUGGGGGUUUUGCUUUAUACCUUCUGUCAUUAUCCAAGUGCCACUCUCUCAGUGAAGGUGGACCCUCAACUCUGAUGGCAAUUGAAGGGUUGCAUUGACUAAUUGACUCCUUUUGUAAUGGCAAAUUCUUCCUUUGAUUUACAAAGGUGUACAUGAAAAUUAGAAGGAGAAUUUAGUGGUUUAUUAGAAGCCCUUUGGAAAAACGUCCAGCCACUACUUCAAUAUGCAUGCUAACAUAAUUUGCCAUUUACACUUUGUGUUGUUUAUAUUAAUUUUAUCAAGGCUCAGUGAUCUUGCUGGAAAACCUACGUUUCCACAUUGAAGAGGAAGGCAAAGGAGUCGACAGUGAAGGAAACAAGGUGCUACAUAGCAAUAACUUUGGUUAUAUUUAUAAAAUUUUCUUGUUUGAUUACUUUGUUCAGGAUUUUUCACACUUUCGUCUUAAUACUUUCAGUGUGGGCACUGUGCUUUUGCCUCUUGUAGGCCAGUUAAUACUAUCAACUUGAGGUUCUUGACAAUUUACUUAGGGGGGAAAUUGGAUUGAAAUACAUGGUAGCAUUCCAUCUAGAUUAUUUUAAGUAAUGCACUCCCAGGUGCUUACUUUAACAGAAACCAUGUUGCGGGUGUAUUCAUCCAUAGUUACCAAUAUCAGAACUUCAAGUUUUUAUCAUAAAAUUGAUAAAAUGGCCAUUGGGAUUAGAUGCCUUGGAACUGAAGGAAAGUGCCAUUUGGCAUGGUGUAGUUUGACAGAUUAUCUACCAGUAAUAACAUGAGCUAGCAACAGUUUCUUGGUUGUGUGACAGGUUAAAGCAAGCAAAGAGGAUGUGCAAAAAUUCCGUGAUUCUUUAGCAAAGUUAGGAGACAUUUAUGUUAACGAUGCUUUUGGCACUGCUCAUCGAGCUCACAGGUAGAGAAACAACAUUUUUAUUCCAUUUACCACUCUUUUACUCCAGCAAGUUUUUGAUUGAUUCUGCUGUGUGUUCUGUGUAACCACUUGAACAAACAAAAGUGAAAUUGAUAUUUCUUUGCAAAAUUUGACUUUGCUUGGUACACAGAGAUGCAAGCUUUUAUAUUCCUUUGACUUUUUUUGUAUUAAUGUUUUUGUAGCUCUAUGGUGGGUGUUCAGCUGCCUCAGAGGGUUGCUGGAUUUUUGAUGGAGAAAGAGCUGGUCUACUUCUCCAAGGCAAUGGAGAAACCUGACAGACCGUAUCUGGCUAUCUUAGGAGGGUGAGUGUAAAAUGGCAUUGAAUAUAAUAACCUCCUCAACUCAAAUUGCUUGCCAGUAUCAACAAAAUUCACUUUGCUACAACAUGGUUUAUUAUGGUUAUCACUUAUUUUUGCGUGCAUUUUUUUCACUUCAUAUUUCAUAUUUACAAUUAUUUUUGGCCAAAAUAAUGGACUCUACAGCACGGCCUUACUCUGUCCCACAAAAAAUGUAUUAAUAUUAUAAUAUUAAACCUUCAUUAAAAAUAAUAUUUUAUAAAGCUUCGCUUUCACUUUUUUUCUUUAAUACUCUAGUGCCAAAGUAGCUGAUAAAAUUUUACUUAUUGAGAAUUUACUGGAUAAAGUGAAUGACAUGAUCAUUGGUGGUGGAAUGGCUUACACAUUUGUCAAAGUUCUUCAUAACAUGGAGGUGAGUUGCAGUUUUGAGCUUUAACUUUAGAAAGGUAUGAAAAGAUGUAAUCGUUGAGAAGAAUAUCAUGGCUCUUAAUCGCCCAUGCUUAGAUCAGUAAAGUUCUAAUUGAUAAUCUUAUCCUUGCUAAUGAAAUUUAAGGUAACAUUUAAGAUCGUCCAAAAAGCAUAUUAAAAAGCCUAGUUAUAGCCUGAUGCUAACUUUACACUAAACGCAAAGGUCCCAUUGGUAAUUUGUAACAGUCAUCAUAUGACUGACAAAAUUCAGGCCAAUGGUGCAGUAAUCCUCCUCCCCUUCUCUUUUCAGUGUUCGGUUUCAUGGCUAUUUAAGGCUACGUAGGGCAGCACAGAAAGAAAAGAAUCAAACGUGGAACCUCUUACGCAGAAGGCUGUGCACUAACCUCUGCAAUGAUGGAUUCCAAUGAAGCACUGACUUUCAGUUAUAAUCAUUUCAAACAACUUCUUUCAUUGUUGCUGUUCGUACUUGUGGUUUCCACCCAUUUAUAGUGUCUGUAGUUGAUUUACCAGUACAAACAAGCUGGCUGCAAUAAUUUCUUUUUCAGAUUGGAAAGUCACUGUUUGAUGAAGAAGGAUCAAAAAUAAUCCAGAAGAUUUGUGAUAAAGCCAAAGAAAAGGGAGUGAAUCUCCAUCUACCAACAGAUUUUGUCACUGCUAGUAAAUUUGCUGAGGAUGCUGAGGUGAAAGUUUAGUUUGGUUUUUAUAGCAUAGUGUUUAUGCUUGAAAUAGCCGAGGACGCUGCAGGAAACCAUUUUUUCUUGAUUUUUGUUUCUCUAAUCAGACAAUAGUGCUUAAUGUUUUGUUGAUUAUUUUACAGACUAAGCCAGCUAAUCUUGAAACUGGAAUUCCUGCGGACUGGAUGGUAAUUAGAAACAUUUGUGUAGUUUAUUGUUUUCAUCUGGCAUCUACUUGUACAUUUACAGUUUAUGUAAUCUGUUUCUUGUAUGUUUGUAGUGGGUAAUAUUUUAGCUUUGAGAACGCUUUUUGUGAUAGUCUAUUUGUAUUUUUAUUUGGUCAUAACUUUGCUGUUUGCUAUUCUAUGCAAGUAUUACUGACUGAAUUUUGAGUGAGUAAAAAUAGUCCAAUAUGCAUUUUUUUUUCCUGAAUAAGUCUAAGUACACAAUGAUAACCAUUUCUGUGAAUAAUUCUCUAUAGGGGCUGGAUAUUGGGCUUGAAAGUGUCAAGAAAUUCAAGGAAGUGGUGAUGCAAGCUAAAACUAUUGUUUGGAAUGGGUAAAGCUGAGUUUUUUUUUCUAUUCAAUCUAAAUAACUAAUUAAGACAGCAAAAUAACUUUGACUUUUACAGAAGUCAUUUACUAAAAGUUGUAUGUGUAUGUAUAUUGCAGUCCAAUGGGUGUGUUUGAAAUGGCUAAAUUUGAAGUAGGAACCAAAGGUAUUAUGGAUGCAGUUGUGGCAGCAACAAAGGCUGGUGCCUCGUCUAUUAUAGGUAAGUUAACAUUCAGAGGCCUGUGUCUUGCAAUUCCCAAUGGUUUAAAAGUGGCCCAGAAAGCUGUUGUUUACAUUCGAGACACGUUUCAACAGUUUUGUAAAUAUUAUGAUAAAAAUGUCAUUUACUUCAUUUACUUCCUAUUAUUCACCCUUUUACCCUAAAUUAUACAGCAAGAAUAAACCAAACCCUGAAAAUUGGCGUGGGUGUUCUUGUGUGUGGCUACACUGGGCAGUGUUUUCUUGAAUAAGUGUACUGAGUGAAUGAGCAAAUGAAUAGACCAAAACACUGUUUUUUGAAACUAAAAAUAAGAUAUUGGGUCAGGUUAUUAGGAUGUGUCUGUUUCUUUCUCCUAUUUCUUUUACUUAUACCACAACCACUGUACAUUAAUUCAGUGGUUACUGAACAUUAUUGUUAGGUGGAGGUGAUACUGCAACAUGCUGUGCUAAGUAUGGUACAGAAGAACUGGUCAGUCAUGUCAGCACUGGGGGAGGUGCUUCCCUUGAGCUCUUGGAAGGUAAAUAUCUUUGAUUUUCUAGAUCUAGGGAAAUAUUAUUAAGAAACUAAAUUUUGCAUGUUUUAUGUUGGUUGUGUGAAAUUUUUUAUGUCGUCUGUUUUAAAUGACGAUUUUUAUGCCGUUUAGCACACAUGGUAAUCUUCUGUGGCCAUAUGAAUUCCACAAAAUAAAACACAUAAGAUCAUAGAACACUAUUGCAACUCCUGUUAGUAUCCUUGCCUUUAUAAUGUACUCUAUAAUGAUGGUUCGUCCAUCUCAAAGUGUCUGCAGUAUGUAGUGUUCAAUUAUGCAGGAAAUAAUAUGAUAAACUGUAUGUUAAUAAUAAUUAUUUACAUAUUAUAGUAAUACUUUAUUCCAUUCCUUGGGAUCGAAGCUGAAGAAUAAUAUGUGCUGUUUUAUUUGUAGGUAAGACUCUCCCAGGAGUGGCUGCUCUUUCGGACGCAUGACUAGAUAAAUUAAGCCACCUUUAAACCAGAGCCUCAUUGGCGACUGAAGAAUGUAAAAUAAAUUUAGGGCCUGUUUACAUGGAGUGGGGGACCCUGGUCUAGUGGGGUUGGUUUCUUUUGUUUUCACGCUCUGUGGGACACAAAACAAAAGAAACUUACCCCACUAGACCGGGGUCCCCCACUUCAUGUAAACAGGGUCUUAGUUAGUAGAUGAUACAAUGUAUGAAAUGUAACUAGAACUCGACAAGAUUCUCUGUUGGUGAGUGCAACAUAUUGCCCAUGAAACCUCAAAAUGCUUUCAGCAAGGUAGUCACCUUGCCAGGCAAUUCUUAUUUGUGUGCAAAGUUCUCUGACACUAAUUAAUGGGUACUAUGAUUGGUUGCUGCACACAUUAAUAAUUCAUUCAACAGUAUUCAUCGAUGCCUGAGAUGUUGAUUAUAUAUGUAUGUUAUUAAACCUGACUGACAGCAGUAUAUUUGAUGGUCAAACAAAAUAAUUUUAAAUGCAAGUGAGGCAAUGAAGAAUUAAGUCUGCACUGACUUAGUACGUUUACUAGUUACCUCUGUCAUGUGUGCAAAGUUAUGGGUUGUCCAUAUGUUGAAAAUUAGGCCAGUUACACAGCAGUGGGUCUAAAAUACACGUAUUUUUACACGGGUAAGAGUACAGCACCAAGUGUCUCCCAGUCUUAAUCUCUACAAAAAUGUUGUUUUAGAUCGAGGGGAAACUGUUUCGCUUAGUAAUUUAUCCACAGAGCAGUGACUUCUACUCUCACCUGUGGAAUGUGACCUGUACUUCAGACCCAGCAGGCAGGGGAAUGUUUAAUAAGUUUAAAACGGGAGGCGCAUACAAUCGUUUUAAAACUUGGAAAAAAAGUCAUGAACUGUUCGGGUGUCUUCGGGUAUGCUCGUUAAAGUUUGACAUGGGCGUGGUGUGGCUUUUCGUCCUGAACACGCUUUAUGAGCAAGGGGACAAGCAUCCACCUCACUUCCAUAUCAUAUGCUUCCCUCGCCAGUGGUCACCUGUUUUAUUUCCUUUGUGAGCAUGCACAUGAAUUUGGGCAAGAGCAAAAAGAGUAAGGAAGAUAGAGGAAGGGAGGGAAAAUAUUUACAGAAAAACCCCAGCUUUUAUGAAAUAACUUUAUUUACAAGCAUUGGAUAUUACUUCUAUAAUUUUACAUUUAGUCAACUUACAUUUUAAUGAAUAAAAAAACAAGCAUAGGAGAC